UGGAUAUCAGGAAAUCAUCGUUUUUGACCGUGCGUGUGACGCGAAGGAGACUCGCGUGAACCUGAUCCAGCCGCCCAGUCCCUUUCGAUUAACCUAACACACACAUACGAACGCAACAACACCCACAGCUUCUUCUCCCAUUUCCAUUCUCCCACACAGACCACAGUAGAGAAAGUGAAUAAGUCACAGCCAAUUCAACCAUGGCGAUGCUCUCUACAUCUCUCUCCGGCCCCAAAUCAACUAUCUCAUGUCCCGCUCCUCAGUUCUCUGGUCUCCGCCGUUUAUGCACUAAGCUCGACGCCACGAAAUCUAACUCUUCCUUUCUCCAUCAUUUCAAUUCUCAACUCCGCUUUUCUUCUCCUCGUAAAACUUCCAGACAAAUCGUCGCCAUGGCCGGCACAGGAACGUUCUUUGUUGGGGGGAAUUGGAAGUGUAAUGGGACGAAAGAAUCUAUCACUAAGCUUGUUUCUGACCUGAAUGAUGCAAAAUUGGAGACCGAUGUAGAUGUUGUUGUAGCGCCUCCCUUUCUUUACAUAGAUCAGUUGAAGGCUUCAUUAACAGAUAGAAUUGAGAUUUCUGCUCAAAACUCAUGGGUUGGAAAAGGUGGGGCAUUCACAGGAGAAAUUAGCGCGGAACAACUGAAAGAUAUUGGCUGCAAGUGGGUCAUUCUUGGGCAUUCUGAACGCAGACAUAUAAUUGGUGAAGACAAUGAGUUUAUAGGAAAGAAGGCUGCUUAUGCCUUGAGCCAGGGUCUGGGUGUGAUGGCUUGUAUUGGUGAACUUUUAGAAGAAAGAGAGGCAGGGAAAACCUUUGAUGUUUGUUUUGAACAGUUGAAGGCAUUUGCAGAUGCUGUGCCCAGUUGGGAUAAUAUAGUUAUUGCAUAUGAGCCUGUAUGGGCUAUUGGGACGGGAAAAGUGGCCACACCUGUGCAAGCUCAGGAAGUGCAUGCAGCUGUCCGUGACUGGCUUAAAAAGAGUGUCUCAGAAGAAGUUGCAUCCAAAACACGUAUCAUCUACGGAGGAUCUGUAAAUGGAGGCAAUUGUGCUGAACUUGCAAAGCAAGAGGAUAUUGAUGGUUUUCUUGUUGGCGGUGCAUCCUUAAAGGGCCCUGAAUUUGCAACUAUUAUCAAUUCUGUAACAAGCAAGAAAGUUGCUGCUUGAUUAUGCACUAGUCUUGGCGACUCAAACAAACAAAGGACAUACAGCGGAUACAUCAGUUUGAAGCUUAUCACGAUCAACAUAUGAGCUAGUCCUUAUUAGGUGUAUUAAUCCAUUUUUAUUAAUUUCCCAGAAGAAAGAAAUAAUCUGUUCACUUGUAUCAAUGUUUGUAAAAUGGAACUGCUAUACUAUGAAUCAUGUAAUAAUCUCUGUGAAACAGUCUUUUUGUGACAAGAAGCUUACUUGAUGAAGUAUGUUAUUCUGAAUACAAAAAAUUAAAAAAAAAAAUCUUAUUAGCAUUCA